CGUAGUAGAAUCGGCGGGUUUGAGCGCUUGCGUGGACACCACAUGAACACACAGACACAAUGGCGGGGAUGAAGCUCAAGUUCAAUGAUUAAUGUUAACGAUUUUAUAUGUCAGCUCUUUAAGAAACAGACGCGAAGUGAAGUUCACCGAAGUUUCACACUUGUCAAAACCGCACACAGGAGCUUGAAGUUCCGGAUCGACUCGCGCGCUGCAAGAUUAGUGCGUUAUGUGCACGGGGGUUUCUCUCUUUGCAGGUCACUAUGGCAUUGAUAAGGAUGUUGGCCAGACUGAGUGGAUAUGUGCACUUGAACCAAGGUUUAAAGUGUUUGGGAGCCAGUUCUCAGAGCAAGAGAUUACAGCACACUGCAACCCAUUCAUCUUCAUGCAACUAUCAGCUGCUGCCUGACUGCCUGGAGCUCAACUAUGGUGGUCUUGUAAUGCACUUUGACUACGUUUGGCUGCGAGAUCACUGCCGCUCGGCUUCAUGCUACAACUCAAAAACAAACCAGCGUAACCUGGACACUGCCAGCAUUGAUCUGAACAUCAGGCCUUUAAAGAGCAGAGUGGAUGAAGACAACCUCUUCCUGACAUGGCCAGAUGGUCACAUGACGCGGUACAACCUAACAUGGCUGGCCCAAAACAGCUAUGAGGGCCGGAAGAGAAGUGCCAUGCAACCUCGAAUCCUGUGGAACGCAGAUAUCUACUCCAGCGCUAAGGUGCCUUCUGCCAGUUGGGACAAGUUCAUGAGCUGCGACGAGGAGCUGAAGAACUUCCUCAACAACUUCCUGCUUUAUGGAAUUGCCUUCGUCGAAGGCGCCCCACCAACCCUAGAAGCUACUGAAACAGCGACCCAAAGAGUGAGCCUCAUCAGGGAGACUAUGUAUGGGCGGAUGUGGAACUUCACUUCAGAUUUUUCUCGUGGAGAUACAGCCUACACGAAGCUGGCACUGGACCGCCACACCGACACGUCAUACUUUCAAGAACCCUGCGGCAUCCAGGUGUUUCACUGUCUGAGACACGAAGGAACGGGUGGCAGAACUCUGCUGGUGGACGGUUUCCACGCCGCUGACGCGGUCCUCCAGCGAACGCCCGCGAACUUUGAGCUGCUUUCCCACGUGCCCAUCAAACACGAGUAUGUGGAGAACCUGAGUGAGCAUCGCAACCACAUGAUCGGCAUUGGCCCCGUGCUCAACGUCUAUCCGUGGAACAACGAGGUUUACAUGAUUCGGUAUAAUAACUAUGACCGUUCUGUUAUUAACACAGUCCCUCAUGAUGUGGUGCGGCGCUGGUACGCGGCUCACAGGCAGCUCUCCGCUGAACUCAGGAGACCAGACAACGAGCUGUGGGUCAAACUCAAACCAGGGAAGGUCCUGUUCAUCGAUAACUGGCGCGUUCUGCAUGGCAGAGAGUCAUUCACCGGCCUGCGGCAGCUGUGUGGAUGUUAUCUGACGCGUGAUGAUGUGCUGAACACAGCCCGAUCUCUGGGACUCCACGCCUGAAUACCUAAUGCUAAACUACCCAAAUGACAGCGGUACACCAUCAUUUACCAAAAACAAGUUGAUUUCUCAAGCAUUAGGAUAGCGGAGGACGCUUGAUAUACAGCACACAGCAGGAUCCCAACAGUAUUACUUCAGUAUUACUCAUCAACUCAGCUCUUUUUUGAAUGAUUUCAUGAUUUUAUUGAAAUGAGUUUAUUGUAGAGGAUGCAUCUUUUGAUCCAUAACGAUUUCUUUCCACAGAAAAACAGAUGGUAGAGUUGAAUUUAAAUGAUAGAUUUUUUAGAAAUGGUCAGGAAGUUUGACCAUUGAAGCGUAGAAAUGUGUUAAAGGAAUAGUUCACACAAAAAUGAUAAUGUCCUGAUUAUUUACUCACCCCCAGGCCAUUCAAGGUGUAUCGGUCUUUCUUUCUUCAGCUGAAGUUUUAGAGUAAAACAUUAUAGGAUUUUUCACCAUCUAAUGCAAGUGAAUGGUGCUCACUGUUGACCAUUUUUAAAUCCAUAUCAAAGUAAUCCACGUGACCCAAGCUGACUAACAGGUUUUCUACAGUGAAAUGAUCAGUCAAUUUCAGGGGAA